AUGAAGGGAAUCGCUCUGCUCAGCAGCUUGUUGGCGGCCACUGCAUCUGCACACAUGCAGAUGGCCAAACCAUAUCCCAUUCGCAGUCCUCUGAACAAGGACUCGGAUGGCAAGAAGGACUACUCAUAUACCAACCCGCUGCAGUCCUCUGGAAGUGACUACCCUUGCAAAGGCUAUGCGAAUGAUCCCUUCGACUCGCAGGCGACCUAUCAACAGGGCAAGGAGUACGAGAUGGAGCUGGAUGGCAGCGCCACUCACGACGGGGGCUCGUGUCAACUUGCACUGACCUAUGAUCAAGGUAAAACGUUCAAGGUCAUUGAGUCCAUGCUGGGAGACUGCCCCAUCGCCAAGAAGUACAGCUUCACAGUCCCCUCCGAUGCUCCCUCGGGCGAAGCCCUAUUGGCUUGGACUUGGUUCAACAAGGUCGGCAACCGAGAGAUGUACAUGAACUGUGCCAUGGUCACCAUUGGUGGCAGCGAUGCUCGCGAUUCUGGCAAUGCAACUGAGUCUAACUCGCCCAAGGUCAGCGAGCACAAGAAGCUCUCGCAUGAGAAGCAGAUGUCCGAGGACAAGAUGGAGCAUAUGAACCACCCGCCCAUGGAGCACACCAACAAGCAGCGCGACAUGACGGGCACCGCUGAUAGCACCAAUCUUAUGGGUCAGAGCAAGAUGACUGCCUUCGACAGCCUCCCCGAUCUCUUCGUCGCCAACGUCGAUCAGGCUGGCAAGUGUGUGACCAUCGAGGGUGCUGCCGUGGACUUCCCUAUCCCGGGCGACGCUGUCAUUGGCAAGAUCGAUGGCAAGGACAAGGGCUACAAGUGCACUGGCGAAGCUCCCUUCCUCCCCGCCAGCAGUGAUAGCAGCGACUCGGAGUCGACCAAGUCGACCAAGACCUCCAAGUCCUCCAAGUCCUCCAAGUCGAGCAAGAACAACAACACCACUCGCACCGUUAACACCAACACCCAGUCCAUGUCCAUGUCCAUGUCUAAGAUCGCCUCUGCUUUUGGUACCCCGACCGCAGACCCCCGUGUCCUGUCCAACUUGGGCACCCAGGCCACGACCAACAAUGCUUUCUCCAACUACGUUGGUGAGUGGAGCUGUGUCUCCGGUGAGAUUCUGUGCUCGCCCGAUGGGUUCUCUUGGGCCAUGUGCUCUAACAGCCGUCCCAUUUACAUGGGUCCCGUUGCUGCUGGCAUGCUGUGUCGCUUCGGUGCUAUGGUCACUGCCGGCUGGUAA